ACCUUCGCAUGACGACAAAAAAGACACAUCCGGAAGGAAGUGAUGCAAUCACCUUAAAUGAGAAUACUUAUAUACAGUAGUCCUGGGAGUUCCCUCCAGCAUAUCCACACAUCGUGAUUUUACUUCAACUGCAAGCUUCCAUUCGAGGUUCAGGACAGACUCCGGAUUCUCCUGUUUGCUGCCUUAUAGACUAAACGAGGAGCACCAGCUGCAUCUUUUUAUAUUAUCUCUGAAACUGAGAAUGAAGGUUCCCAUCAUUACAUUUUGCCUGAUUGGAGCAGUCUUUUCCAACCCGAUUUUACACACUGUUGUUUCAGUAUCAAGCGAGGUUGCAUCAAACUCAACUGAAAGUGUGUCUGUUUCACAAUCGUCUGAAAAUGACACCUCAGAGCUUCAGAGCACAGAGGAAAACACCUCAAAUCAGAGCUCAGAGUCAGAAUCAUUAGAAUCCACAGACAACACAUUGGAGGACACAUCAGAGGACACUUCAGAGGACACUUCGGAGGACACAUCAGAGGACACGACUUCAGAAGAGAGUGACAGUCAGUCGGAUGAGAUGGACUCCAUGCUUGACACCAAAGAUGAUAGUAUGGGCAGUGAAGAGAAUGUCAGAAAGAGCUGGGUGCGAGUGUUUACAAAUACAGUGAAAGCCCUUAGCGCAGAGGACAGCAAUGAGCUGCCCGACACAAACCUGCUGGUGAACCCCACAGACAGCAGUGACAGCACCAGUGACAGCAUAGAAACCACAACUGCCACCAAUGACAGCAAUGAAAGCAAAGACAGCUCCAGCAGCGAGAGCAGCGAGAGCAACGAGAGCAACGAGACAAAAGACAGCAGCAACAGCAGUGACACCAGCAUGAGUACAGAGGACAGCAAUGCCAGCGACAGCACCGAGCUGAAACAACUGAAAGCCAGGGACUGUGUGAAUGACACUCAGAGCUGCGAAAGUGAGGAGCGUUUCUUCCAGAGUGUAGGAGAUGAUGCUCAUUUCUCAGUGGAUAAUCUGAUGGUGCCAGAUGAGGAUGACAGGGAAUUAAUGCUGCGAAGAUGAUGACAUGCUCUUGUGCAGCCUCUCAUUUCCCUCUAUGAACUCUAGCACUAUGACUAGCCUGAACACUUCAGGAUGAUAGAUUUUGUUUUAUAGAUUGCUUUAUGUUUAUAAUGACAUAAUGCUACAUGCAGCUGAUUUUUGUGUGAAAAUUAUCGAGGUGAUAUUAUCCCAAGUGUUUACUUUGUUUUUAUAAUAAUAAAUAAAUAAUAUAAUCAUGGAUUUGGGGCUUGUGGAGUGUUGGCAUACCAUUUUAAUCAAGGAUUUAUCCAUCAUGCAAUUUUAUAACAGGCCAAUACAUAAAACUGUACUCUCUACCUUUUAAAAUAUUUAGAAAAUUAUAGUAAAAUACAUAUAAUAACUGCCUUGCAAAUUCAUAUUUUGCAUGCACAUUAUGUAGCUUUUAAAAUUACUAGAGAUGGCACGAUACCACUUUUUAAUGUCCGAUACCGAUUCCGAUAUCAUAAAUUUGGAUAUCUGCCGAUACCAAUAUGAAUCCGAU